GAAACACAGCUUGUCACCAGUAUUUUGAUAUUUUCUCUACACAAGAAAAAACUAAUUUGAAGCCCCAGCUUUGUCCACUAACUCUUCUCAACUGAUUUCUCUGUCAAUCUCUUGUUAACUAAUUUCAGGAUCAGAGAAGUAGUGCAAUCACGAUGGAAGGAGGAAUUGUGGAGGGAGGUCAAGCGGAGCAGCAAACGCAGCCGGUGGAGAGGCUGAACCAGGCUGUUCAACAGCAGUUGAAUUUGGAGUCGGUUAAGACGAGAGCGAUAAGUCUGUUUAAGGCUGUUUCGAGGAUUCUCGAUGAAUUUGACGCUAUUGCUCGUGCCAAUUCUCUUCCUAAAUGGCAGGAUGUUUUGAGUCAAUUCUCUAUGGUCAAUCUCGAGCUGUAUAACAUUGUGGAGGACAUUAAGAAAGUCUCCAAGGCUUUUGUUGUGCAUCCCAAGAAUGUUAAUGCCCAAAACGCUACAAUUUUGCCUGUCAUGUUAUCAUCUAAGCUAUUGCCUGAGAUGGAAAUGGACGACAAUGCAAAGAGAGAGCAAUUAUUACAUGGCAUGCACAAUUUGCAACUUCUUUCCCAAAUCGAUAAACUAAAGACCAGAAUUGAUAUGAUUGGAGCAGCCUGCGAAAGUGCUGAGAAGGUCAUAGCUGAUACACGCAAAGCCUACUUUGGGACCAGGCAAGGUCCCAGUCUUCUCCCCACACUUGACAAAGUUCAAGCUGCUAAAAUCCAAGAGCAAGAGAGUUUACUUCGAAGUGCUGUAAAUCAGGGGGAAGGUUUACGAAUACCUGGAGAGCAGAGGCAGAUCACAUCUGCGCUUCCCAUGCAUCUGGUAGAUGUUCUCAAUGUUGGUGAAAGUUCUCAAACGUUUUCUGACGGUUCUGGCAUGUACACAAAAAAUAAUCCUACCUUCUCUUCAAACAACAUUACCAGUCAGGGGAAUCUGAUACAGGCUUCUGGAUCGCAACUAAUUGGAAGGACAGCAGCAUCUCCUGGUGCUACAGGAUCUACUUCAUUUGAUAAUACAACAUCUCCACUGCCAUAUGCCAACUCACCUAGGUCUGGGGCAAACAUACUCAAUACACCAUCCCCUCAGCAACCAUCACAACUCCAGCAGCAACAGCAGAGGCAGAAAAUGAUGCAGUUACCUCAGCAUCAGCAGCAGCUCCUUGCCCAACAGCAGUUUAGGCAAUCAUCCGUACCAGGGAUUGGGCAGAAUCAGCUAGUCCAGCUACAUGAUUUGCAGGGUCAGGCCCAACAAAAGUUUCAAUCGAUGCACUCUCAACACCAAAUGCAAUUCUCUCAGCCAUUGGGAUCACAACAAUUUCAGAGUAGGCAGCUACCUUCUGGAUCUAUUCAACAUGGCCUCGGGCAAAGCCAACUUAACCAAGGAAAUCAGUUGAAUCGUCAUUUGAAUCAAUUCUCUAGCCCUGCCAACAGUGCUUUAUUCAAUGCUGCCCAGUCUACUCCAAAUACUCAGAUGAUUUCAAAUAUGUCGGGAAUGAUGCCAUCGCAAUCACUCUUACCACGGAUGCAGCAGUAUGGAUUAUCCAGUGGCAGCCGCAGUCUUGCUUCCCAGAAUCUGAGUGAUCAAAUGUUUAACUUGGGAGCCACCAACCCUGGCAGCAUGAUGCCUCUUCAGCAACAGCAACAGCAACAGCAACAUGUCUCACAAGGCACAUUCGGGAACAUGGCGGCAAAUGCUCAGAAUAUGCAGCCUGGUAUAGUACCUCUGCAGAACACACAACAGAAUCAUCCCAAUUAUCAACAGCAAAGACAACAAAACCAAUAGAGGAGCUAAUGAAGUUCAGUUCAGUUCUGUGUAUCAAGUAAAAGUGUCUAGAGUAAAAACUGUUUCACUUUGCAUACUGAUGGUGUUGUGACAGACAGUUUCAGUAUUUUACCAUUUACCAAAAGUCCAAAACGUUUCAGAAGAAAAAAAAGCCUUGUCACUAGUCUUUAUAACAAAAUUCUAGGUCCUAAUUCUGAGUUCUCUUUCUAGUCA